GCUUAGUUCAACUUUGUAGGGAGUUCAACGUUUUGUUUAUUUUCUUCUCAAUCUGGCAGUACCAACUGUUAAACACAGGUUGAGUUGAUUUUGCUGCAUUUCUCUGAACUGUGAUCACUAUGGCCCGGUUUGAGCUUUUUCAGAGUCAAGCCACUCUGAUCGUGUCAGUCCUGACGGACACUGCUAAUCACGAGAUCCGAAAGGCUUUUACAUGCAGCUCCGAUGAAUCCAGAGUCACUAUCAAACCAAACAAUACUCAGAUUCAGAUGCUUAAUUCCAUAAUGGAGAGGUUUGCCAAAGAAGCAGUGCAGAAGAUUUGCAGUCUCUUCAGAUACUGUUCAUCCAGUGCACCAGGUCCAGCACAACUAUGUUUGAAUGGUCGAGACGACCUGAGGAAGACUUCAUCUCAGUUGGGACGUGAUCUCAGUGGAGCAACAUAUAUCCAUAACCAAGAGUUUCAGGUAGAUUCUGUAUCUCUCUCUGUGAGUCCUCUGAAGGAGCCAGCAACAACAUCUCACCAGCACCCUUCAAGCACUGACCCUGCACAGGAAAGUAAUGUAAGCAAGUGUCUUAUGAUGGAGGACAGAGGAGAGGAAACCAUCCAGACAAUAUUCAUCAGUGACGCUGAUGACAGGGGUUGGUCUGAAGAUCAGGAAGGUGUGUUGCAGACAUCAACCAAUCAACCUAAAGUUCCACAAGCGAAAGAGUCUUUUGAAUGUGAGCAGUGCGGAAAGGCCUUUCCAAAGAUGUUUUCUCUCGUGCAGCACAAACGUGUGCAUUCAAUCGUGAGGCCUCACAGUUGUGAAAAGUGCGGGAAGAAAUUCACACUGCUGAGAGCGCUAGAGACUCACCUUCGCAAACACUCGCAGAAGUUCGAGAAGAAGAAAUUUCCCUGCGCUACUUGCGGAAAGAGCUUCAGAGAUCUUGCAGCGCACGAACUGGUUCACGCUGACGUCAAACCGUUUACCUGUGAAAUAUGCGGACAGGGAUUCACAAUCAAAAGAAGCUUAUACAUGCACCAGAGGGUGCACACGGGCGAAAAACCGUACCGAUGCGACACCUGUGGAAAGUGUUUCUCCCUGAUUGGCACAAUAUUGUGA